UUUUAUGGCUUAUUCAAAUGGUUUCUUCAUCGGAGAUUUAGUGUAUAUUUAAUUCAACUAUUUUGUCUGCUCCUGUAUAAAUAUGACCAAUAGGUCUGGAAGCAGAGGAGGCAUGGUGUUUCUGUGAUGAUCAGAUCAGGCUUCGCAGCGAGUUUAGCCUUAUGGUCCGUGGUCCAUGUCGUCGUCUUCACGGAGGGGCUUCCGAUGGCGGCUGCUGCCGGGCGGAUUGACUCCGGUGAUGAUGAUGCUUCCAUCAAACAUUAUUACUACACCCAGCACCAAAGGACAGUGGAUGCCAUUGCUCGCCGCCACGCAGCAGAGUUCAGUCCUUCGCCGUCGCCUUCGUCUUCUCUACUUCCAUCGAAAUCUACAUCCCGUAUCUUCCAUGUGACUGAGUACGGCGCGGAUCCGACCGGAAAAGCGGAUUCUACAGCCGCCAUCGGGAAAGCCAUCGCCGAAGCUUGCGCCGCCGCAACAGGUCAAUGGCUUAUCGCCGGAGUGAAUAAUCUCGGUGGUGCUGAGGUGCAGUUGGACGGCGGCUUGUACUUGAUCGACGAGCCCAUUACUUUACCCGUCGGUAGUGGAAAUAUCAAGAUCCAUGGCGGCAGCCUCCGGGCGUCUGACGAAUUCCCGACGGACCAUUACCUGAUCGAACUAUCGGCAUCUCAAAACGGCAACAGCCAAACCACCUCCUCCGGUUACAACUACGAGUACGUCACGCUGCGCGGCCUCAUGCUCGACGCCAACUACAGAGGCGGCGGCAUCACCAUCGUCGACGCCCUCCGCACCGUCAUCGACGACUGCUACAUCGUCCACUUUGCCUCCGAGGGGGUUUCCGUCCACUCCGGCCAUGAGACCCUCAUCCGUGCCUCCUUCAUCGGCCAGCACAUCACCGCCGGCGCUGACCCAGGCGAGAGGAACUUCUCCGGCACGGGGAUUAACCUCGCCGGAAACGACAACAUCGUCACGGACGUGGUCAUAUUCUCCGCCUCCGUCGGUGUCCUCGUGUCCGGCCAGGCCAACAUCCUCACCGGCGUCCACUGUUACAACAAGGCCAACGGGUUCGGUGGGACCGGGAUUUAUUUGAAAUUGCCCGGUCUAACCCAGACCCGGAUCACCAAUUGCUACUUGGAUUACACGAGCAUCGUGGCCGAGGAUCCGGUCCAAUUGCUCAUCUCCGGUUCGUUCUUCCUGGGCAACGCCAACGUGGUGCUGAAGUCGGUGAACGGCGUGGCGAAGGGCGUGGACAUCGUCGACAACAUGUUCGCUGGUGGCGGUAGCGGAGUCGACAUCGUGACACUGGACGGGAACUUCACCAGCGUCGACCAGGUGAAUGUGGACCGUAACACGGCCGAGGGGAUGACGGUUCGGGCGACGGCGGCGCAGGCGGCGGUGGCCGGGAACGGGACGAAGUGGACGGUCGACUUCUCGACCGUGCUGCUGUUCCCCGAUCGGAUCGGGCACGUGCAGUACUCGCUGCAGUCGGACACGGCGUUCUUUAGGCACGCCCUGAGGAACGUGUCGGGGAACACCGUGGUGAUCGAGAGCGACGUGGCGAUGCAGGCUACGGUCCACGUGGACGUGAAUCAGGCUCCGGCCAAUGGCGUGAUCCGAGUCUGAAUCCGGGUGGGCAGACGUUGGAUUCGCCCUAUGAAACAUUCUUUAGAUUUUAGUUUCUUUACAGGCAUAAAUUAAUCAAUUCACACCAAAAUUGCACAUCACCUGCUUAAGACAAAGACAAACUCUGUUUUUUUCCUUGAAAAUUGUAAUUUAUCUGCAAUUUCAGUAGAAGUAUAUUUACCACAGUCAUAAAGAAGGCAUCAUGUCCUGCAUAAAAGGCAGAAAAAGGUAGGAAUUCUGAUGGAAGCAGUAGCUGAAAUUGAUUGGGAGCAGCUACCAAACUCCACCGACUCUGCCAUGAAUGAGAUCGGCAAUGAUGUUCUUUCUUUGAAUUAGUAGUUCCUGCCAUCAUGUCCUGCAUUUGGUCUUUACAAGGCAAGCAAAACACCUACAAUUGAAUUGUUGCAUACUCUACAUUUUUCUCAACCCAAAGCUUUUUGACGCAGGACUAUGAGUUUUGAAUGUAAUGGUCAAAAACUUAAUGGAGAAAAGGAAAAAAAAAUAUUGCCAGAAUUCAAGGAGUUGGUAAUCUAUCUCAGGUUUGAAACUUUCAAUCAGGAAAAGAUGUGCUCGCAGUUGGAGGAGUUGAACUUGCUCACAUCCUUCAUAUGAGAAAUUUAAAAAGAAAUUGUGAUAUAUGUUUUUUAAUUAAAAAAUAUAUAUCUGAUAGUUACCUGUGUUAAUUUUUUUUGUUUUUGGAUCAAACACAUGCCUGCUCUUUUCGUGUUUUACCUAUUAUGCUGAAUUAAAUAAUUUUAGAAAAUCGGAGAAGACCCUAAUCGACUUUAAAUCUAGAUGUAACUUGCUAGGUUCCAAGGUCAAGGUAUGAUUUUGGAUAAAACUAAAAAUUGAACAGUUCAAAAGCAUCUGGAAUUAAAUGUUUCUGCUGAUCGCAUGGACAACAAAUCUGUAGUAUUUGGCCAGUUUAAAGUUGGUUAAUCAAUCUACUUGAAAAUUAAUCUUGUACACAAAAACCUAAGAUAAGAAGGAUGUCAUUUAAUGAAAAUUCAAACUGCAGCUUGUCUGUAAUGGUUU